ACCUCUUCCAACUAUGAACUGUCCAGUCCACUGACGUCCUCGUUGUGGAAUAAAUCGGAGCAUUUGGACAACACACUGCUCUUUUCUGAUCCCUACAAAUCUUGGCGUGCUCCCCUAUCCCAAAGUCUCCUUCCUCCUGAACGCUCCCACCUAUCACGAAGUGGAUCUCGAUCAUUCCCGUAUCCCUCGCAGUCACCCAAUUCGUUUGAUCGUUCUUCACCGGGGGAAUCGCGAAACGGCACGGACCAGUUUGGUAACUCGACUACCGUUUAUUCGAGUUCGGCCACACUUUCGGAUUCCUGUUUGGGUUCGGUACUGGUUCCCCCACUCAAUUCAGACAUUACGGAGAGUACAGAUAUGGCCAAAUUACUCGAUGAUACAGAUUCACCCAGUGAAUUUACUCUGCAAAACCAGUCGUCCGAUCCGGAAAGCACGGAUAGCUGCGGUGGAGAAGGGCCACCACCACCGCCACAACUGCAACCAUCAGUACCCGCUCCACCACCGAUGGUUGGUGGUGGGACUGGUGCCGGCAGCUCGUUAUCCUCAUCUUCUGCCACAUCCUCCCUGUCCACGCAUCUGGCGGAUUCAUCUAAGGCGACACAAUCCACAGAAUCCUAUUCGCAGCCCAACAGAACUCCGUACUUGAAUCAAUUAUUCUGUGCCAAAGCGUUGUUCAGCGAUUCGACAGCUCUCAGUCAAACCGAACAGAACAGUUAUUCCACUACCGUGGAUGACGAUGAAGUUGCGAGUAAAACUCGCGAGAAGUUAAUUCGCACCUGGGAUCACCAAGUUCCUUAUGCUGGAAUAGGUGAAGCAAGCGAUCUGUCUUAUCAAAAUUCCGCGCUCCAACAUCAUCAGCAACACCAACAGAUGCAACCACAAUCUCAUCCAUCUACUACACAACACCACCACCAUUCAACUCCAGAACCGAGUGACACGGGGCUGAUCGCUCGGGAGAUGGCUAACUAUUCGCACAAUUUGUCUCGAAUGCGAAUGGAAGCAUUUGGCCAUUUUCGCUCCACACCAGAUGAAGGUUCCAGUUCCCAAAACGAAGGUUUCAGUCCACCGGCGGGGAUGAAUGAAAGCGUUCGACCGCCAUCACAACAAAUUGCUGCGGCAGCGUAUGUGGCCGCAGCGGUAGCCGUGGCCAGUGUAUCGCAUCAUUCCCGAUCUACAACGGAGAUUAUGACGACCACAGCCCCCACUGCCAUACCGUCAACCGCUUCCGGAGGUUAUCCACCCCCUGGUCUGGGUUUACCGCCACCACUGCAGCCAUCACCACAGAACCUUACACCGCACUGCAUGGAUUCCGGAAUUUCUUCAGCAUUGACGCAUAAACCGCCUCCAUUGUCACACACAUCGGAAACAAACCUGGCCGCCCGACUCAACCCGUAUGAAGUCAAAACGUUCGCGGGGCAUGCAUCCACACCCAUUGCCCCACAAGCACAAGCCACACCAACACCACUCUCGGGACCGCCGCCACCAUUGGCUCCGCCACAUCAUCCGGCACACUUGGGACCAAUGUCCUCCCAUGUUCCUCCGGGUUACGGAUCCUAUACCCCAGUCAGACAUUUUGGACCACAUCCGGGACCGCCAAGUUACGGUUUUGGUCUGGACGGAACGCGAAGAAAGAAUGCCACUCGAGAGAGUACGACCACAUUGAAAGUUUGGCUGCAGGAACAUAUCAAAAAUCCGUAUCCGAGCAAAGGAGAGAAAAUCAUGUUGGCCAUUAUCACAAAAAUGACCUUAACUCAGGUUUCGACGUGGUUUGCCAAUGCACGACGCCGUUUGAAAAAGGAGAACAAAAUGUCCUGGCAUCAGAAAACAAACAACUCCGGGAACAACGCUACCGGCCGGGGCAGUCCGAUGACCCAAAAUUCCAGCUCAGCACCAAAUCCUUCGGGGACCGGAAAGAAGUCAUGUGACUCCACCGGAUCUCAGGCUUCGCAAGACGAUCCCGAUCAUCGACUACGGUCAAUCGCAGACGAUGGGGCUGGUGGUGAACAGGAUGAUAUUUCUGGCUCUGAGGAUGUUGAGGACGAAGAUGAGAUCGAAGAGGAAGGUGAUCCUAUGCUGGAUGAGGAUGAGGCUCUGUGUAACGCACCCGGUAGAUAUAUGAAAUUAUCUGGUCCACAGGAACAUGGAUUCCGAUAUGAUUCUAUGAAUACAUUCACUCCCGAUGUUUCAUGUCCUGGCCGACCGUCUUUGGACUCGGUGGACAGUACUGAUUAUCCCUAUAUGCGAUCAAUACAGCAUCCCAUGCUCCAAAAUUCCAAAACACUUCUGACAGAAUCACACUACAGUGAAAUGAUGACCACCGGUUUCGGUCGUUUCCAUUCCCCCUAUUCGUCACACCCAUUCCCCACGCAACCCAUGAUCGAUUUGAUGCGAUCUAUUCCAUCUGCAGGAUCUCACUCAUUCCCCUUACGAAAUUCCCUGUUUACAGGACAAUCAGAACCUGAUAAAUUACCUGCACAAAUAUCUAACCGGCAACCACAUGGAUCUGAACAAACCGGUGAUGCGGAUCUGCGAUUUGAUUCAUAUCAGGCAAGGAAUGAAUCUAAUUUGGAAGCCAAUUCACAAUCGGCUUUAUUUGUACCUCACAACCGCUUUAUGCAAUCCUCAUUGGGCUACUGUUUGAAUCCUGUGGGCUCCUCGUUCCCCUCCAUUUCGCACGAAUUCACCAACGUGGAAUCCGGCGGUAGCGAUCUGACGCAGAUCAAUCCACACGCACACCAUCAACGACCGGACCAAUCUCAACAACGAUCACGUGAGCUGCACGCGUAUGAUCCAGGUCUUCGGGGACUUCACGAGUGA